GAAGAAGAAGAAGAAAACUGGAAGACCGGAAGAGAUCCGACCUGGUUGAGAUGCAGCGUGCUGGAGGCAGCCUCAGUGAUGCUCAUCCUCUGUUCGGAGGAGCGCUGUCAGCCGUCCUCCCUCCCAGUGCCAAAGACACCAGCGAGCUGAGGGAGAUCCCAGACAACCAGGAGGUGUUCGCCCACGAGCACACCGACCAGAGCCUGAUCGUGGAGCUGGUGGAGUACCAGGCUCAGGUGGAGGACCAGGACGCAGCCAGGUAUCACUUCGAGGACAUCGCCGGCAGCAACAAAGCUCUGGAGCCAGGAGCCUUCCAAGUGACCGGUGUCGUGCACAUGUCCAAGUCUGAGCUGUCCCUGUCAGACUGCAGCUCUGCCUGGAUGCUCACCGGGACGCAGUGCGUGUCAAAGUUCAACGAGGAGGCGAGGAACACGGUGACCCUCCACCUGGGUCUGUUCCGCCUGCCGCAGUUCUCCACGGACGUCCUGAUCACCUUCAACGACCCGCAGAGGAUCAGCCCAGAGAGCAGCAGUGCUUCCUCGGAGGAGACACACAGAGAGCCGUGGACGGUGAAGGACUUCCAGCUCUUGUUGCAGACUCUGACUCUGCACAAUCCGGGGCUGUUUGGGUAGAGGAGCUGCUGCUUUCUCAGCAUGGGGCCUCUGAUUUAGUCUCAUGAACAUUUAAACGUUUUUCUGGAGGCCCACACAAGAAUCAGGCCUCCAGCAGGAUUUGGAUCUCAACCUGAUGGUUCCUCCGAGUGUCGGUGACACGUGUGUCGUGUUCUGCCCCUGAUGUUGACGUUCGUACAUCUAAAAAUGAAAUAAUAACCAAACACCUCACAGUUUUGACGUAAUAAAAGUGUCAAAUGAAGAUGAUCUUGGACCAUUUCAUUAUUUUUGGAUUGCCUGAUUAACAUAUACAGCACCAGUCAAAAGUCUGGACACACCUUCUCAUUCAACUACUUUGAAGGAUCUAAAAUAUAAAACAUAUUCUGGUUUGUUGAGCAUUUGUUUGUUUACCACAUAAUUCCAUAUGUGUUCCUUCAUAGUUUGGAUGUCUUCAAUAUUAAUCUACAAUGUAGAAAAAAAUAAAAAUAAAGAAAAACCAUUGAAUGAGAAGGUGUGUCCAGACUUUUGACUGGUACUGUAUUUAUAGGUUAAAUAUUCUCUAAAAAUGGAUUGUACUGUGGAGACUCUCUCCGAUCACGUUAAUGUUAUUUUUGUAAGACAUUUCUGUUUUAUGUGAUCAUCCGCACCUGGGCGAAAUAUGAGGCUUUGAGACAUAAUGUCAUCGACAUGCACAUUUUCUGCUCCUGUUUCCCUCCACAUUCCCCUUCCUCCUACUCACUCAAUAA